UAAAUAUCUUGACCAAAAUCUUUUAUAUAUAAUAACUGAGAGUUGCGUUGUGCUAAACACUUGAAAGAGGAAAUGGCCAUGGCUCUACUAUCAUUGCUGCAACAAUCAUGGCAAGAGCUGCACCAAAUACUACCCUUCAAUCCACUCCUCUCACUUGUUUUUCUCAUCCCUUUUCUCUAUGUUUUCAAGUGUUUUAAAAGUGUCAAACCCAAUUUACCUCCAUCGCCACCAAAGCUACCAAUUAUCGGCAACCUGCACCAGCUUGGCACACUUCCACACCGUUCUCUUCAAGCCCUUUCUAACAAGUACGGCCCUCUAAUAUUCUUAUACAUAGGCAGUGUUCCAACCCUUGUUGUGUCAUCUGCGGACAUGGCCAGAGAAAUGAUGAAGACACAUGAUAUCAUUUUCUCAAACCGGCCCCAAACCACAGCUGCCAAAAUCUUACUCUAUGGAUGCAAAGAUGUAGGGUUCUCACCCUAUGGUGAGUACUGGAGACAAGCAAGGAAAAUUAGUGUCCUCGAACUUUUGAGCAUCAAAAGUGUGCAAUCGUUCCAUUAUGUAAAGGAAGAAGAAGUUGAAGCGUUGAUCAACAAGAUACAUGACACGUGUCUCAAAGGGGGUUCUGUUAAUCUAAGCGAGAUGUUCAUUACAACCUCGAACAACAUAGCCUCUAGAUGUAUACUUGGACGGAAGUUUGAAGAAGAAAAUGGUAAGAGCAGGUUUGGAGAGCUAUCAAGGAGAGUAAUGGUGCUAUUUGUAGCAUUUUGUUUUGGAGAUUUUUUCCCUUUUUUUGGAUGGGUUGAUGUUCUUACGGGAUUAACUCCAAGCCUGAAAGCCAUUUCUAGAGAAUUAGAUGCUUUGUUUGAUCAAGUGAUUGAAGAACAUAAGAAAGGGAAUAGUGAUGAUGACCAGCCUAAUAAGCUUGAUUUCGUGGAGAUUCUCCUCCGACUUCAAAAGAAUAGCAUGCUCGACUUUGAGCUCACCAAAGACAACCUCAAAGCAAUUCUAAUGGAUAUGUUUGUGGGAGGAACUGAUACAACUUCAACAACUUUGGAAUGGUUAAUGGCGGAGCUUAUAAAAAAUCCAAAUAUUAUAAAGAAAGCACAAGAAGAGGUGAGAAGGGUGGUGGGAAAGAAAUCAAAGAUAGAUGAGAAUGACAUCAACCAAAUGGAUUACUUGAAGCGUGUCCUCAAAGAAACUCUAAGAGUACAUCCACCAGCUCCUCUCUUGGUACCUCGAGAAACAUCAGCAAAUGUGAAAUUUGAAGGUUAUGAUAUUCCGCCAAAAACAAGAGUAUUUGUCAAUUCAUGGGCAAUCCAAAGGGACCCUACUGUAUGGGAGAGGCCAGAAGAGUUCCUCCCGGAUAGAUUUAAAGACAAUCCCAUUGAUUUCAAAGGCCAAGACUUUGAAUUCAUCCCAUUCGGAGGUGGGAGAAGGGGAUGUCCAGGAUUGGCAUUUGGUGUUACUUCAGUUGAAUAUGUGAUUGCCAACAUCUUAUAUUGGUUUGACUGGAAGCUACCUGGUGAUAAUGUACAUGGGGAAGACUUGGACUUGAGUGAAGUUAAUGGGCUCACUGUGACGAUGAAAAUUCCUCUUCAUCUGGUACCAACACUGUACUCACCUUGAUCUAUGCAUUAAGAGAUUUGUGGUUUUAUAUAUAUAUAUAUAUAUAUAAUGUGCUAAUAAUGUAACUUUUCUUCUUUCA